AUGAACUUUGGGACAACAGGAGUCAGUCCAGGUCAAGAAUUACAACAGGAAAAGACUAGAAGAGAAAAUAGAGAGCAUCUGUUUCAGAGACUUCAUCUUGAGGGCAAACUGCAAAACAAACUGGAAAGAGAAGAUGUUCUUCAGAUAACUGCAGAUUCAUUACAGUCUCAUGAGUCUUGUGCUGAAGAGGAACUGUUUCAGACAUUCCUACAAAAACUACUGUUGAUGAACUACAGAGCAAGAUACAUUAAAACUAAAGAGACCAAAAAACAAGAACACACACAACACAAAGACAAUGACUCGUCUGAUGAUGAAGAAACAAGCAAACCUGAUGCCAUUCACCCAAUGGAUGUUCAGAUGGCCGUGUUUCAUUGUGCUGAUAGUUUCCUGAAGCAGCUGAUGGUGACUAAACUGUCACAGUGUCAGUAUGCUCUGCCUCUGCUUGUACCUGAUCCAUUCACACAACACAUUGAGUUUCCUCUCUGGACAUUCAGACAAAUCAACAAGAGCUGGAAGACAUUUGAUGAUGCAGGUGAAAUCAUCAGUGAAGUCCAGUCAGUCUGUAAGGCAGAAACUCCAAUGGUGUGUUUCUUCAGGUUUGGCUCAGUGUCCUCAUCCAAGUCUCAGCUGAUGAACAGUCUGAUCAAUGAGAAACACAACACGUUCUUCCACAGGAACUGCCCAGGCAGCAGCAGAACCAGAGUACUGAUGGAUGGAGUGGUGGAGAUCGCCUGGUACUGCCCGUCUGGAAAAAACACGGAUACAUUUACUGACUGUGUUGCGUUCUGUAAUCUACAUGGAGAUGCAGGAGACCAUGAGAAACAGCUGCAGAUCCUCACUGAAAUGUCCUCAGUCAAUGUUGUUAUUCUACCACAACUUGACAGGAAUGACAAAAAUAUGACAAAAGUUGAAAAACUCUUCAAGGACUCAAAGCCACUCAUUUGCCUUUUUGCUGAAGAUAAAUCUGCUGUAAUUCAGACAAAGAAAACAAAAAAAUACAAAAUAGGUUUGAAAGACAGAAAUCAGUCAGAUGUAUCUGAAGAACUCAGAAGAGCUAUAAAUGAUUGUCUCUCAAUCUCAUCUUCAGAAUCAUCUUCCAUUUUCAGACUUGAAGAUGUGUCCAAACACUCAGAUAUCAGAGUAGAUGAAGAUGAUGAUGAAGACUGCAGGAGAGGAAAAGCAGCAGCACAACAGAUGAUGAGAUUACUGGAGAAUAAAGAUCUGACACAAAUCAAAGAAUCAUUUCUGCCCUGUCAGGGAAAACUGUGGCAUCAGUGGUGUCAGACGAACAAAGAACUACACCGACCUCGGGGGAGUGAAACAGAAAUGGAAAUAAGUAGAAAACAAGAAGACUUGAUGGAUGUUUGUAAACAGCAGCAUGAUUCUGUGCUUAGUGACUUCAUGAAGCACUUUAUUAAUGAAAUGAAUGAAAAAUAUGUUGCAAAUAAGAAACAUAAAUUCCUCAAAUGGUUUGGGAUCCUCAUGGAUGAACACACCUCAACUGAACUUUCUGAUCUACAUCACAAAUAUGAUGAUAAGUGGUCAACAGUCUUACACCUGAAAGAGAGAAAUAAGUCUGAGCAACUCAAAACUGAACAAAGAGAACAACUUAAAACUGAUCAAACAGAACUUGAGAGAAUAUCUGAGGAGCUUCAGGCUGCAACCUUUGGUUUGGAGCACAUCCUGAGAGAGAUCGGUCAGAUCUAUGAAUCAUGUUCAUCUGUGAAGAAGAACAAGGAAGGUCUGCAGUUUCACUUCUCUUCUCUCCCGAGUCUUGCAGCAGAGAUGAUGAUCUCUGGAUUUCCUCUGGAGCUGAUGGAUGGAGAUGCUGCUCAUGUUCCUCUGAUCUGGAUCUCUGCUGUUCUAGAUGAACUCAUCAGGAAACUGGGAGACCAGAGAGUGUUUGUGCUGUCAGUUUUAGGGGUUCAGAGCUCUGGGAAAUCCACCAUGCUGAAUGCCAUGUUUGGACUGCAGUUUGCCGUCAGUGCUGGCAGGUGCACCAGAGGAGCUUUCAUGCAGCUGGUCAGAGUGUCAGAGGAGAUGAAAGAACAGCUGAAGUUUGACUAUAUUCUGGUGGUUGAUACUGAGGGACUUCGUGCUCUAGAACUGGCUGGAAGAUCAACAAGACAUCAUGACAAUGAACUGGCCACAUUUGUUGUGGGUCUUGGGCAUCUGACAUUGAUCAACAUCUUUGGAGAAAACCCAUCUGAGAUGCAGGACACUCUUCAGAUUGUUGUUCAGGCCUUCCUGAGGAUGAAGAAGGUCAGACUGAAUCCCAGCUGCAUGUUUGUGCAUCAGAAUGUUUCAGACAUCACAGCUGGAGAGAAAAACAUGGAGGGAAGGAGACGACUGCUGGAGAAACUGGAUGAAAUGACAAAACUUGCUGCUAAAGAUGAAGUCAGUGAUGCAGAAAGUUUCAGUGAUGUCAUUGAAUUUGAUGUUCAGAAUAAUGUGAAGUAUUUUGCACAACUCUGGGAGGGCAGCCCACCCAUGGCACCACCAAACCCAAACUACUGUGAAAAUAUUCAAGAAUUAAAGAAAACUAUUAUUUCUCAUGCUCCAAAAUCCAAUGGCAUGAUGUUGACACACCUGAAAGAUCGUAUUGAAGAUCUCUGGGAGGCUUUACUGAAUGAACGAUUUGUGUUCAGCUUCAGAAAUUCUCUGGAGAUUUCAACAUACAGGAAACUGGAGACAGAAUACAGCAAGUGGACCUGGAGUCUCCGGAGUGCCAUGCUGGAAAUUGAGAACAAACUACACAACAAAAUAGAAAAUGAAACAAUUCAUGAGGUUGAUGAAGCACAUCUUCAAAGAGAACUGAAAGAGAAAAGUGAAGAAGUGAAAAAAUCUAUGUCAGAUUUCUUUGAGAAAGACAAAGAUAAAGAAAUUCUGAUUCAGUGGAAAACUUCAUUUGAGAUAAAAAUCAAAGAGCUUCAAGAAAACAUUGUGAGAGAAACAAGAAAAUUAAAUGAGAUUCUUCAACAGCGAGACCUGAAGAAAGAGAUUGAUGCUCAGAAGACACAUCAUGAAAACACUCUCUUUGAAAAGAGCAAAACACUCGCCUUAACACUCAAAGACAAAGCAAAUGAUGAAGAAACACUGAAGAAAGAGUUUGAUUGCUUUUGGGAACAGCAUGUGAAGAAGAUCAUCAGAGACACUCCUCCAAUCAAAGACAUUGACAUAUUAAGAGAUGUGAAACAACUCCUCAGUGACAUCUAUGAAAGUUCUCCUGUAGAUCACUGGAGGGAGAACAGGAAUAUUUUCUGUGUGUCGAGUUAUUCAGAUUAUGUGCAGUUAAAGAAAUCCAGAGGAAUUACAGGACCUGUUAGAAAUAUCAUCAGAGAAGCUAAAGAGAAGUUGGGUUUUGCUCUGUCUAAUGAUGAUGAAACACAAAUAAGAACGUUAGUCAGUGAAAUUGCUCAUGAGACAGACAAAAUGAUCCUGUCAUUCAACAUUUCAAAGAUGGGCUACAACAAAAGCUACAUUCAAGAACUCACAGACUAUAUAAAGUCAAGAAUCACUGAACAUCAGAAUGGACCAGUGAAAUAUCUGUUCAAGAAUGAAUUCUCCAUUGAUUUAGUGUUUUCCAUCUGUAAGAAAUCAAACAAGACAUUCACUGACCAACACAGACUGUUCAGAGAAGCCAAUGAUCCUGUUCUCUACAUGGAGAAGAAGAGAGGAGAGUACUUCAGUGUUUUCCAGAAAUAUUGUCGUGGUUCAACAUCAGCUGCUGUUUUUGGUGAGAUCAUCUGUCAGAAACUGAAAGAUCCCAUUGAACAGAGUGUCUACAAAAACACUGCCAGAGAUUUAGCAGAUGAAAUGAGAACAAACUGUGAAUCACUGAAUGGAAACAGAUCUAAUCUGGAGAAACACAUCCUGAAGACACUGGCAGAAGAGGAGAAUUUUGACAUGGACAUGAACUACAUUAAAAAUCCCAGAGAUCACUUCAAGAGAUUCAUCAGAGCUGAAGUCAGUCAGUACAUCACUGAUAAGUUCAGGGUCAGUGUUCGGCCCAAGAUGAUAAACAACAUCAAACUCCUGCAGCAGAAGAUCAUGAACGCAGCUCAUGAAUCUACUGAACAUGUUCAAGUGAACAUGAACAGUGGAGAUGUUGAUUUGUGGUUGAAGUGUUUCACACAGAAGCUCUCAGAUGUGCUGAUAUUCUCUGUUAAAGACUUCAGUGGAGUGAGUCGUGAUGAUGUUGAUAUCAAACUACUAGAAGAUGUGAUGAGAAAAGAACUUCCAUCUAUAAUUUCUGACAUAAGCAGUAAAUUCAGUACAGAGACUUUUCCAGUAAUUCUGGACUGUAAGUACAGACCAGAUGAGAUUCUGAUUGGUCACUUCUGUCAGUGCUGUUGGGUUCAGUGUCCUUUCUGUGCUGCAAUCUGCACCAACACAAUAGAAAAUCAUGAAGGAGAUCACAGUGUUCCUUUCCAUCGAGUCAAUGGACUGAAAGGAUGGUAUUACAGUGUAACACGGGAUCUCAGUGCUAAUUUUUGUACAACUUCAGUGGCAAGUGAUAGAAUCAUUAAAUCAUCAGAUCAGUCAUAUCCAUACAAAGAAUACAGAAAAGCUGGAGGUGUUUAUGCUAACUGGAGCAUCACUCCUGACUUCUCUGAGCUGCCGUACUGGAAGUGGGUUGUGUGCAGAUUCCAGAAUCUGGAAAAGUAUUAUGAUAAAAAGUUCCAGGGCUCGGGUGAGAUUCCAGAUGAGUGGAAGAAGCACUCAAAGCAAGAUGCUAUUGAGAGUCUGAAUAAAUACUUUUAA